CUUUCCUGCAUCAAAUGAGAAAAAAGCGAAACUACAGACAUUUUAUUUACUACUAAAGCUUUCUUUUCUUUUGUUUUGAAUCUUUCUUUGUUUUAGCUUCCAUUUUCAGCUUGAUCUAGGGCUUUCUCUAAGUUCGUAACGAUUACAACUUUUGUGUUUAAUCGAGAGCAACCACUCUGAGUCUACGUGGGAGCAAAGAAGUCAAACUUCGUUCGUUUUUCGUAUUUCGGUGGGUAGUGAUGGGGAAAGUGGCGGUUGGGGCGACGGUGAUAUGUGUGGCAGCGGCGGCGGCGCUGUUGGCGCGGCAUAGGAUGAAUUGUUCGGGGAGAUGGGCCAAGGCCAUGGCUAUAUUGAAAGAUUUUGAGGAGAAAUGUGGGACCCCAAUUGGGAAGCUGAGACAGGUGGCUGAUGCAAUGACUGUUGAGAUGCACGCUGGCCUUGCUUCAGAGGGUGGUAGUAAGCUCAAGAUGCUGAUCAGCUACGUCGACAAUCUUCCUACUGGGGAUGAGAAGGGGUUGUUCUAUGCAUUGGACCUUGGUGGCACAAACUUCCGUGUCAUACGUGUACUUUUGGGCGGUCAAGAAGGCCAUGUUGUCAAACAAGAAUUUGAGGAAGGUUCAAUUCCUCCACAUUUGAUGACUGGGAGUUCAAAUGAUUUGUUUGACUAUAUUGCCGAAGCCCUCGCGAAAUUCAUUGCUACAGAGGAUGAAGGAAUUCAUGUUUCACCUGGUAGACAAAGAGAGUUGGGGUUUACUUUCUCAUUUCCAGUUAGACAAACAUCAAUUUCAUCAGGGAAUCUUAUAAAAUGGACAAAGGGCUUCUCUAUAGAUGAUGCGGUUGGACAAGAUAUUGUAGGAGAAUUGACUAAAGCCAUGGAUAGAGCUGGUCUUGAUAUGCGUGUUGCAGCUUUGGUGAAUGAUACUAUUGGGACAUUAGCAGGAGGUAGAUACUCAAAUAAAGAUGUGAUUGCUGCCGUAAUCUUGGGCACUGGAACUAAUGCAGCAUAUGUAGAACAGGCACAUGCUAUUCCGAAGUGGCAUGGUCUUCUGCCUAAAUCAGGGGAAAUGGUUAUCAACAUGGAGUGGGGUAACUUCCGGUCAUCACACCUUCCACUAACAGAAUAUGAUCAAGCAUUGGAUGCUGAAAGCUUGAACCCUGGGGAACAGAUUUUUGAAAAAGUUAUUUCUGGUAUGUAUUUGGGAGAAAUUGUGCGCAGAGUUUUGUGCCAGAUGGCUGAAGAAGCUGAUUUUUUUGGUGAUACUGUUCCACCGAAAUUGAAAAUUCCAUUCAUAUUAAGGACUCCAGACAUGUCUGCAAUGCAUCAUGAUACAUCUUCAGAUUUGAGAGUUGUUGGGAACAAAUUAAAGGAUAUAUUAGAGAUACCCGAUACCUCCCUGAAAAUGAGAAAAGUAGUUGUGAAGCUCUGUGACAUUGUUGCAACUCGAGGUGCCUGCUUAUCUGCAGCAGGAAUUGUGGGCAUCCUGAAGAAAUUAGGCAGAGACACAGUAAAAGACGGGGAAAAGCAGAAGUCAGUAAUUGCUUUGGAUGGCGGGUUGUAUGAGCACUACACAAAAUUCAGUGCUUGCAUGGAGAGCACACUCAAGGAGAUGCUGGGAAAAGAAGUCUCUGAGAACAUCAUAAUUGAGCUCUCGAAUGAUGGUUCUGGCAUUGGAGCUGCACUUCUUGCAGCCUCACACUCCCAAUACCUUGGUAUGGAUGAGUCAUUUUGAACAUUUUAACUCUGUACAUUUACAGUUUAUUUUAUCUCCCCUGGCUUUGUUUUUAAGCUUUGUCAAACCUAUCAAGCUAGACACCCUAAUUUAUGUAACGGAUGAAAUGUGCAAUUCAUCAAAUGUGAGCUUCAGGCUGUAGCCUGUAAUUUUGCUUUUA